AUGCUACCUCGGCGAGAUAACGUGAGCAAAUCAUCGAAACUGGCCAAACGGAAGUCAUCCAGUGAAGAUGAGAGCAGCGAGGAAGGUUCGACCUCUUCCGGCUCGACGGAUGGGUCCAGUUCAAGCUCCGGCUCGGACUCCGAGAUGGACACCACCGAAACUUCGUUCUCGUCGAAAAGUGCAGUGGAGUGUGUCGGCAGCAGCAAACAGCAGGGAUUGCUGAAAGUUAACCAUAGGUCCUACGCUGUCUUUUGUGAUUCGGGUAAAAAUUCCAAAAGUUUUUGCCAUAGUAACGCCACGGUCGAACCACUUGACGACGCUCGAAAAGAUCCUAAUCGCACUAGAAAAACUCGCACCAGAAACGAGCAAGUUUUACAUAGAAACAAGAAAUCGAAGAGAAUACCACCGAUCAGUAUUUGUAUACUAAACAGCCGCUACGACAUCAUACCGCGAAUGUGCCGACGGCUUGGCUACCGGCUGGUCAGCGAGAAUGAACACUGGAACGUGUGCUGGACGGACUCCCUGGUCGGCGUAGACUUUUGUCGGGAUAUGCGACGGUUUCAGAAAAUCAAUCAUUUCCCGGGAAUGUUCGAGAUCUGCCGCAAGGAUCUGCUGGCACGGAACCUGAACCGAAUGCUGAAGCUGUUCCCGAUCGAGUACCAGAUUUUCCCGAAGACCUGGGUCUUUCCGGCUGACUUGGGAGAAGCGAUCGCCUACAGCAGGACGCACCGAAGCAAGACCUACAUCCUGAAGCCGGACCAGGGCUCGCAGGGCAGGGGCAUAUUUCUAACGAAGAACCUGAAGGAGAUCAACCCCCGGGAUCGGAUGAUCUGUCAAGUGUAUAUCCAUCGGCCUUUGCUGAUCGACGGCUACAAGUUCGACCUGCGAGUAUACACGUUGGUUACUUCGACGGAUCCAUUGCGGAUAUUUGUGUACAAGGAAGGUCUGGCUCGGUUCGCCACCAAUAAGUACCGGGAACCGUGCAUCACCAACACAUCGAACAAUUUUAUGCACCUCACCAAUUAUUCUGUCAACAAGUACAGCCGGUGCUUCUCGAAUGACGACGAGGCUGGUAGCAAGCGGAGGUUCGCUACCUUGAACCGCAUCCUUACCUCGGAGGGAUACGACAUUGCGGAACUGUGGAGCAAUAUCGACGAUGUAAUCGUGAAAACGAUCCUCAGCGCAUGGCAAGUGCUGAGGCACACGUACCAGGCAAGCUUUCCGACUCAUGAUAUAAUUCAGGCGUGCUUCGAAAUACUAGGAUUCGAUAUACUCAUCGAUCACAAAUUGAAACCCUACAUUUUAGAAGUUAAUCAUUCUCCUUCGUUCCAUACGGACGAAGCUAUCGAUCGGGAAAUAAAGGAAGCCUUGAUACACGAUACCUUUGUAAUGCUGAACCUGAACGGAGAGGUAAAGAAACGUGUACUCGAAGAAGAUAAGCGACGUAUACAGAAUAGACUGCUGCAAAGACUGCGCGAAUAUUCUAAAUGUAAGGAGACCAGCAAGGAAAGUAGUAGCGAUAGUAAAAACGGAGACGAUGAAGAUCCCAACUCGGAGGAUCGCUUUGGACCGUGGGGAGAGCAAAUCAAUUGGGAAGAAACUCAUCUCGGUGGAUUUCGACGAAUACUGCCAGCGCCCGGAGAUCCCGAUCGUUAUGCGCAUCUUUUUCUCGCACAAACCCAAGCGUCGGUUUACAACGAAACGGCUGCCAGUAAGAAGCGUGAAGAGUGUGCCAAACAGCAGCGAAUCGAACUGGAAGAACGCUAUAAACACAAUCAGGCCAUGUUAAAUAAAAACAACCCAAAAGGACAGUUGGGGGCUAAGACGCUUUGCGCAGGUGAAGAUGGGACGUUAUCUGCGAUCAAGAAGAAAGCGAAAAAACGAAAACCGAAACAACCAGUCAAGAAGAAAGACGAAUUUACCCCAGAUUACAUUGUAGACUACGAAGAGCGGGAGCGCAUGGCACUGCUGGCACAGAGGGAUUUUCUCAUUAGAACCUGCGGUUUAGUACAGAAUAUAUAUCUAAACUUCAAUCGGAACAAAUUGCUCACCAUUUCCGAUCAUCGCAAGUACAAAGAGGUGUUCGCCAAGCUGGUAGCUAACGAUCUGCUCCAGCAGGAACAAUCGAACCCGUCUGGCACAACCACAAGUCUUCCGGUUCUGUCGAACCAUCACGGCAGUAAUGCCACCACCGGCAGCUCCAGCCAGAAGCUGCAGCUGAAAAGUCUGGUGACGAUCAACGAUACUGCCUCCUGGAUGCAGUGCACGGAAAUUGCACCACCCAGCAGACCCCCGCUGCCGUAUCUGCUGGCAUCGCAGCCGACCAACUAUCGGAGCACGAAGUCCACCAUGGCACGCCAGGUCACCAAUGUGGUCAAACGGCACAGCAUAGACGCCCGGCAGUUAUACUCGGCAUCCGAUAAGGUUAUCUAG